GAGAUAUUUUUUCAAUAAAAAAAAUAGUUAAGCCAUUAGAAUCCGUAUCCAAAUGUAGUUGAAAACCUGGGAAAGGAGAACUCAGUUGCCAACUCUAAUUGUAGUACUUCAUUCAGUAACUCGCUUCGCCCGACUCAGCUGGCUGUUGAAGAAGCCAAGCGUAAGCACGCCACCGCAUUCUUCUCGUCGACUCAAUCUCAGAAUUGUAAUCUCCCGGCAAGGAAAUGUCUCACUCUCACGAAUUGGUCUUCGAUGAGUCGUCCACCACCACCACCGCCACCACCUCCACCAACUACAAACAAGGAUCAACAACGUCAAAACCCUUCUCUUCAAGAAAUCAAUAUCAAGUUGAUUCAGAGCGGAGAAAAAGAACGGCUGAAGGAGCUUUUGAGGGAAAGGCUUCUUGAAUGUGGUUGGAUUGACGAGAUGAAAGCUCUUUGCAGGGCAUUUACAAGGAAGAAAGGAAGGAACAACGUUACAGUGGAUGAUCUAGUUCAUGUAAUCAGCCCAAAAGGCAGAGCAUCCGUUCCCGAUUCUGUGAAGGCUGAAUUGUUACAACGGAUCCGAGCUUUCCUUGCAUCAACAGCGGAUUGAUAUUGUUGGAGCUUGGAUCACAAAACUAUUGGAGUUAAGUUAGUAAGGAGUGGUAUGGUGUUUGUACAUUUUCUCGUAUCGUAAUUCUUAUUUCUAUGUAAAUAAAUUUUGAUAAACUCAGUUGAAACCCUAUAUCAGACAGAAUUGUUCAUGUCCGGGUUUCUCCAGGUUAUGGUCUUUUCUGUUAGGACAUUGGAUGUUUUCUCUAUUUCGAUAUUCCUUUCAAAUAA